AUGAAAAAUACGGAAGGUUUACCUGACCGUUAUAGUUGGUUUGAAGAACAGAUUGCGGGUCAUCAUCCAUCUGUGAUCAAGAAUGGAAAAAGAGAAAUAGGAAUUCUAAAAAAAAGAAAUUGUAAUAAGUUGCGGAAACCAAAGCAAGAUGCUAAACGAGGAGAUUGCGAGGAGAACUUGUACCAACAGUUAGACAAUCUAUGCCGACAUGUAGUCAACACCCCUAGCGAACAUCAUUCUAAGGAUGAUCAUUUUCUAUUGCAAUUGGCUAAUACUUCACCCAGAUUUUAUGGCACUGAAAAGCUGGUUGUUGACGAUGAAGAACAUGAGUUCAUAAUACUGGAAGAUGUAACCUGUACCUUUAAGCAGCCUGCUAUUUUGGAUAUUAAAAUGGGGAAAGUAACUUAUGAUCCUUUGGCAAAUGAGGAGAAGAGGCGGAAAGAAAGUGCGAAGUAUUUACCUCAAACCAAAUUAGGAUUCCGACUACUUGGAUACCGCGUACAUGUGAACGAUCAAGUUCAAGUACGAGACAAAGAAUGGGGAAAAGGAUUUGAUGAAAACGUAUACGAAGGUCUGACUGAAUUCUUCAAAGCUGGUCGUGAAGACAACCAAGAGAUUCUAAUGAGUUUCCUUGAGCAGUUACAAAAAAUUCAGAAGUGGUUCGAACAACAGAGAGUUUUUCACUUUUAUGCCUCUUCUCUACUAUUUCUCUAUGAGACAGACAUUACUCUUCCCCACAAUAUAAGGAUUUAUAUGAUCGAUUUCUCCCACGUGUUCCCAGCCAAUGGUGAAUUGGACGAAAACUAUCUAUUUGGUCUCAACAAUUUGAUACGGUUUGUGAAAGAAAUAAUCUCGCGAGAAUUCAAAUAG